CGCCAUUCUGCGCAUGCAUAUAAGCACUUGGCGGGCUACCUUCUGUUACGGAACUUCCUUAUUUCGUCAACGUAACUGCUUUUGCAGCAGGGAUAAUUCACAAAUAACUUGUAAACACAUAGUAAUAUAACAGCACAAAAUAUUUAAGCUUAACUAAGCUGUUCGGGCGAUGUCUUUAAAGUUUGGACUUACGGCAAGUUCAGUGUAUCCUAGAAUGUAACACGUGUUUCCUUUCGGACCCAUUUCAGCGUGAUACUUCCCAGUCACGGCGCCGCGUUACGAUGAAGUUCUGAAGUGUGUUUCUGUGCUGCGGCUCGUUUCUCGUUAUAGCGGUCAGUGAAUGCGGUAAAAAGUCAUGAAUGAGUGGCGCGAAAAGAAGCCACAGGAGUGGCGAAGGUACGUCAACAAUGAAGUGAAAGUUACAGCUCAUGAAAAGCAAGAAUGUCAAGGUUGGGUAUUCACAGUGGAUCCAGUCUCUGCAAGCGUUGUUCUGGUGAACUUUCAAGACACUGGCAGGACAUGCGUCACUGUGGUGAUGGGCCAUGCCGUGGAGGCAGUGGAGAUCCUAAAAGAAGGGGGUCCUGAGAUGGAGGAACGUCUGUCAUCCCUAUUCAUGCCCACUGGUCACCACGGCCUGACUAAACAGGAGCUGCAACAUAGGAAGGACUCCUUGCGUGUUUGGCUUGAGAAGAACCGCAUUCCUGUUGUGGAGGAGGGCGAGACCCUGCGAGUGGCAGGGGUGCUGUCUGUGGACCCCCCAUACGGCCCCCAGGACUGCAGCAGCUCCAAUGAAAUCAUUUUGUCUCGAGUUCAGAGCCUAGUGCAAAACAAUCCAGUAAAAAUGUAGAAAAUACUAUUCAUUUACAAUUAUGAAAAGUAUAUAGUGAAUAUUGUUUUUGAUAGUAAAAUUACUGAACCUUUAA